CAACAGCCAAGCGUAAAGACAGCCUUGCAGGAAGGAGAAGGAAUUUUAAGCUUCAUUUGUAACAUCUCUGCUGCACUCUCUUUUCCCAAUCAGAAAUCAGUUUGCUGGGGCCAUAAGCGGAUCCCUUGAAUUCCCCAGUAUGGGCAGUGGAGUGAGCUCUGAGUCUAAAGAAUCAGCUAAAAGGUCGAGGGAACUCGAAAAAAAACUCCAAGAAGAUGCAGUCAGAGAUGCCAGGACAGUCAAGCUGCUUCUUCUGGGUGCUGGAGAAUCAGGGAAGAGCACAAUUGUGAAACAAAUGAAGAUCAUCCAUAAAGAUGGCUACACAGACCAGGAAUGCCAAGAGUACAGGUCGGUGGUUUACAGCAACACUCUACAGUCUAUGCUGGCGAUUGUGAAGGCCAUGUCCACCCUUGGGAUUGAAUAUGGAAAUGCACAAAGAAAUGAAGACCAAAAGCAGCUUCUUGCGAUGUCAGAGUCCAUGGAGGAUGGCACCAUGCCUCCAGAACUGGCUGGGACGAUCAGACGGCUGUGGCAGGAUCCAGGGGUCCAGGCCUGUUUUGAAAGGGCGUCAGAAUACCAGCUCAAUGACUCUGCUGCUUAUUAUCUCAAUGAUUUGGACAGACUAACUGCCCCUGGCUACAUACCAAAUGAACAAGAUGUCCUUCGCUCACGAGUAAAGACAACGGGAAUUAUCGAGACUCAGUUUUCUUUCAAGGACUUGCAUUUUCGGAUGUUUGAUGUGGGAGGGCAACGAUCUGAGAGGAAAAAGUGGAUUCACUGCUUUGAAGGCGUGACUUGUAUCAUCUUCUGUGCUGCCCUCAGUGCCUAUGACAUGGUCCUUGUGGAAGAUGAAGAAGUGAACAGAAUGCACGAAAGCCUCCACCUAUUCAACAGUAUCUGCAAUCACAAAUACUUUGCUACCACUUCUAUCGUGCUGUUUCUAAACAAGAAAGAUCUCUUCCAAGAAAAGAUAACUAAAGUGCAUCUCAGCGUCUGCUUUCCAGAAUAUAAUGGAUCAAACACCUUUGAAGAUGCAGGAAAUUAUAUCAAAAACCAAUUCCUAAAUCUGAACAUCAGAAAAAAUGAUAAGGAGGUAUACACCCACAUGACUUGUGCUACAGACACACAGAAUGUUAAGUUUGUCUUUGAUGCUGUGACAGAUAUCAUCAUCAAAGAGAACCUGAAGGAUUGUGGCCUCUUCUAGCUCUUCACCUGGUUUUUUGAUUCCUGUAUUUCACUGGCCUCUCUUUCAUAUGCAAGGAGUCUCUGAUUAAAAGAAAAAUAGAAAUGAUAUUCUAUGAACCAGGGCUUUGGGGGCAGCUAGCACGAUAGAGUUAUAUCACAGUUUAAACUCUCCAAUUUAGUCUGCAGUCCUAUGCAGUUACACCCUUCCAGGUCCAGGCCCAUUGAAAUCAAUGGGUGUACAAAGGUGUAACUGCUUAAGAUUGCACUGUUGAUAAAGUUACUACAGCAUGGGCUCUUAACAACAUUAUUUCUUUCUCUCUUGCUAUAUUUUUGCAAUUCGAACUUGAAUAUAUCCAAGGAAACGCCUGUGAAUCUUGCUGAGAAUUUCAAUUUACUGCAUCUUUUCCGAGUAUUAAAUAAACUCAGUUGUAAACAGUUGCCUGGUCACCUCUGCCUGCAACAUCCUUCUUUGUUCUCUAAAACGUUGGCAUAGCACUGUGGUUUGCAUUGUUGUGCUGACAUUAAUUCAAGUGCUU